CUUUUUUUCUUCUCUUCUCAUCAACACUCGUCUCCCUCAUCACUCUCACUCAUUCCCUUUCCUUCCUAAACACCACCUUAUCAUUAUGGUCAACAUCUGCUGCAUCGGUGCCGGUUAUGUCGGCGGUCCUUCCUGCGCUGUCAUCGCUUACCAGUGCCACGACGUCAAGGUCACCAUCGUCGACUUGAACCAGGCCCGUAUUGACGCCUGGAACUCGGACGAGCUUCCCAUCUAUGAACCUGGUCUGGAUGAGAUCGUCUUCUCCCGCCGCGGAAAGAACUUGUUCUUCACUACCGAGGUCGAUCAGGCCAUCAUCGAUGCUGAUCUCAUCUUUGUCUCUGUCAACACCCCUACUAAGAAGUCUGGAAUGGGUGCUGGCUAUGCUGCCGAUCUUGCUUACAUCGAGAAUGCCACCCGCCGCAUUGCUCAGGUCGCUACUUCUUCCAAGGUCGUUAUUGAGAAGUCAACUGUUCCCUGCCGCACCGCCCAGAGCAUGCGUACCAUCCUCGAGGCCAACUCGAGCAAGGACAUCCGCUUUGAUAUUCUCUCUAACCCCGAGUUCUUGGCCGAGGGGACCGCCGUCAAGGACUUGACUAACCCCGACCGUGUCCUCAUUGGAUGCCUCCAAACCCCCGAAGGAUUUGCAGCCCAGCAAAAGUUGGUCGACAUCUACACUCGCUGGAUCCCCCAGGAGCGCGUCAUUACCAUGAACUUGUGGUCUUCUGAAUUGUCCAAGUUGGCUGCCAACGCCCUCCUUGCCCAGCGAAUCUCCUCCAUCAACGCCCUCUCUGCCAUUUGCGAGGCCACUGGUGCUGAUGUCGAUGAGGUCGCCUAUGCCUGCGGUACUGACUCUCGUAUCGGACCCAAGUUCUUGAAGGCCUCAGUCGGUUUCGGUGGCUCGUGCUUCCAGAAGGAUAUUCUCAACUUGGUCUACCUGAGCGAGCAGCUUUACUUGCCUGAGGUUGCCGCAUACUGGAAGUCGGUCGUCACCAUGAAUGAAUACCAGAAGAUGCGCUUCACCCACCGUAUUGUUCGUACUCUCUUCAACACCGUCACCUUCAAGCGCAUUGCUCUUCUUGGAUUCGCCUUCAAGAAGGACACUGGUGAUACGCGCGAGUCUGCCGCCAUCACUCUUUCCAGCUACCUCAUCCAAGAGCGCGCCAACGUUGCGAUCUACGAUCCCAAGGUCAGCGCCAAGCAGAUCAAGAUGGACCUCACUGAGCCCGGCGUUGGCACGAAUGAGGCUGAGGUUGACAAGCACGUCCAGGUCUGCAGCAGUGCUUACGAGGCUUGCGCUGGCGCUGAUGCCCUCGUUAUCUGCACAGAGUGGGACGAGUUCAAGAUGGAGCACUUGGACUACCAGAAGAUCUUUGAGAAGAUGCAGAAGCCCGCCUUCAUCUUUGACGGUCGUCUGAUCUUGGACGCCCCCAAGCUUAGGGAGAUUGGAUUCCGUGUCGAGACCAUUGGAAAGAGCGCUUAAAGCAAGAUUUGAUACGAAGAGACGAUGGCGCCAGAUGAGAGAAUUGUUCCUGGUGAACCACCAUCUUGGAUACCUGUCUCUCUUUCAGAACUAAUGUACAUUUUUUUUUGGUCUUUAGCAGCAACCACAAUAAAACCUUAUUCAUUACCAAGGUCGAAUCUUACAGUGUCCCGUUUGCAUCGGGGUGCACAGCAUCAUCACCUGCCUCUCUAUGUUCAGCUAUACUGUUUGUAUUUUCAGAAAGCAACGUUCACGUCUCCAUCUCCGCGGUUCCGAAGAGUGUUUCUCAUUCGCGAUUAGAAUAGAGUCCAUUCCUCUCCCUCUCCAAAGCAACAUGUUUAUUCUCAAUAAAUGUUCUGUCGCGCACUCGACCUCUCGCGAUCGUUGCC